ACACGUGUCGCGUGGAGUUUUACCCCGCAGCACGAUGGUCGCGACUACAGACAAGAAGGCUCCGGCCGAGAAGAAAGUGGUGAAAGGCAAGGAGGACAGCAAGAAGCUGCCCGCUGUACCUGAGUCAGUGCUCAAGCACCGCAAGAGGAGGGAAGCACUACGUGCUCGUCGUUUACAGGUCACAUUAAAGAGGCGUUCGGCGGCAGUUAAAAAGAGGAAAGAGAUCUUCAAGAGGGCUGAACAGUACGUCAAAGAAUACCGCAUCAAAGAGCGUGAUGAGAUCAGGCUAGCUCGACAGGCUCGCAAUCGUGGCAAUUAUUAUGUACCUGGAGAAGCCAAAUUGGCUUUUGUGAUCCGUAUCCGUGGUAUUAACCAAGUGUCACCCAAAGUACGCAAAGUUCUGCAGUUGUUCAGACUCCGCCAGAUCAACAACGGUGUAUUUGUUCGUCUGAACAAGGCCACAGUGAACAUGCUACGUAUCGCUGAGCCAUAUAUCACCUGGGGAUAUCCUAAUCUGAAGAGUGUUCGUGAGCUUGUCUACAAACGAGGUUUCGCCAAGGUGAAGGGACAACGUGUAGCCAUAUCAUCCAACACGAUAAUUGAAGAGAAGCUCGGCAAAAACAACAUCAUAUGUGUAGAGGACCUCAUCCACGAGAUCUUCACUGUUGGUGACAAAUUCAAGUACGCGAGCAACUUCCUAUGGCCCUUCAAGUUGAACAACCCUACCGGUGGUUGGCGCAAGAAGACCAUCCAUUACGUGGACGGCGGUGACUUCGGUAACCGCGAGGAUAAGAUCAAUGAGCUCCUCAGAAGAAUGGUCUAAUUAAUAAAUAGAUUUAAUUAC